UAGGCCAGAAUCAGCAGCGUUGAGACAACAGCGUAGAAACAACUCGUCUGAGUCCCUCAUCCUGGCUCUUAUCUGUCCAUUCGCCGACGCUUGUAAUACCCCACAUCCCACUUUGGGAUGGACGAAACGAGCCCCCUCGUCUCCCCUCUCCAGGACUCCAUAGAUUACAACUACUGCCAGAGCGAAGCCACCAGUCCGAGAACGCCGGGUUCUGUUGUGCGAGUGUCGGCUGGGAGCCCGGGACGCAGCCGUGAGAGACAGCCGCUUCUGGACCGGGACAGAGGGAAUUCUCCGCGGGAUCCACACAGGAAUGAGUUUCCGGACGACCCGGAGUUUAGGGAGAUCGUGAGGAAAGCAGAACAAGCCAUAGAAGAAGAAAUAUUUCCAGAGAGGAUCUGCCAAGGAUCCAGUGGUAGCUACUUCGUCAAAGACUCUCAAGGGAAGGUCAUUGGUGUGUUCAAGCCUAAGACUGAGGAGCCGUACGGUCAGCUGAACCCAAAGUGGACCAAGUGUCUCCAGAAGUUGUGUUGUCCCUGUUGCUUCGGACGGGACUGUCUGGUCCUGAACCAGGGCUAUCUGUCUGAGGCCGGGGCCAGUCUGGUCGACCAAAAACUAGAGCUCAAUAUCGUGCCCCGGACCAAGGUGGUGUACCUGGCCAGUGAUACGUUUAACUACAAUGCUAUAGACAGAGUCAAGUCUCGGGGAAAGAGGCUAGCUCUGGAGAAAGUUCCCAAAGUGGGACAACGCUUCCACAGAAUAGGCCUCCCUCCUAAGGUGGGAUCAUUCCAGUUGUUUGUGGAGGGCUACAAAGACGCAGACUAUUGGCUGAGACGGUUUGAGGUGGAGCCUCUUCCAGAGAACACCAAUCGGCAGCUGCAGCUUCAGUUCGAGAGACUGGUGGUCCUUGAUUACAUAAUCAGGAACACAGAUCGGGGGAACGACAACUGGCUGUUAAAAUAUGACUGUUCAAUGGACACGGAAGGGAAACGGGACACAGACUGGGUGGUGGUAAAGGAGCCUAUCAUCAGACUGGCAGCCAUAGACAACGGCUUGGCCUUCCCAAUCAAACACCCUGACUCCUGGAGAGCCUAUCCAUUCUACUGGGUGUGGCUGUCCCAGGCUAAGGUUCCUUUCUCUCAGGAGAUUAGGGACUUGGUUCUGCCCAAACUGGCUGACCCCAACUUCAUCAAAGACCUGGAGGAAGACCUCUACGAACUCUUUAAGAAGGAUCCAGGUUUUGACAGAGGGCAGUUUCACAAACAGAUAGCUGUGAUGAGGGGACAGAUCCUGAACCUGAGCCAGGCCUUGAAGGAGAGUAAGACCCCGCUACACCUGGUUCAGAUGCCCCCAGUCAUAGUGGAGACAGCCAGAGCACCACAGAGAGCCAACAGUGAGUCCUACACACAGAGCUUCCAGAGCAGGAAACCCUUCUUUACCUGGUGGUAGAGGAGAGGAGGCCAAGUAGAAGAGGAGGCCAAGUAGAAGAGGAGGCCAAGUAGAAGAGGAGGCCAAGUAGAAGAGGAGGCCAAGUAGAAG